AUGCCUCUCAACGAGAACUUACCGGAAGUGUACCGGAAGAAGUGCCAGACGACUGAGAGGCUACCGGAAGGGGCGCACUGGAGUGGCCUGGCAAAUAGCAUGCGUAAGCGGCAACCAGGGGAGCAGGGCUCCUUUAAGGGUAACGUAUAUAUAAGAUACGGCGGAGAUGCCGUUCGUGAACGCAAGCUUCAAAAUGAAGGAGAGUUCAGACGGAAAACAAGAGAAAACAUGCAAAGGAAACAGGGGGCAGCCGAAACCUUCGCCGCUAAGAAGAUUGCUUCAGUUAUUCCUAAAAAUACUCGUCCACGCGAAAAGCGCAUUAUAUUUCCAGCACCUUUGAUCCCAUUUCCCUUUCCACCUCCUAACCUACCACCUCCACCACUUUACUUCCAUUGGCCACCUGUACAUAUACCCCCACCACCUAUCACUCCACAGUUCACGCUAGCAAUCCUUCCAUCAGCAACAGCACCUCACACACAAACACUCAUCUUCCCAGCACCAUACAUACCCUUCAUACACCCUCCCUCACUCACCUGUCCACCCCCACCGCUCUACUUCCGCUGGCCGCCAGUCCAUGUUCCACCUCCACCAGUUAGUCCACAUUUUCCACUUCCAGUCUUUCUUCCACCAUAUACACAACACCACACUUCCAACUUUCCCAUUUACAAUUUACCAUAUAACACCAAUACUCCAACACAACCUAAACAACCAAACACAACAUCCACACAACCAAACACAACAUCCGCAAAACAAAACACCACAUCCGCACAACCAAACACCACAUCCGCACAACCAAACACCACAUCCGCACAACCAAACACCACAUCCGCACAACCAAACACCACAUCCGCACAACAAAAUACCACAUCCGCACAACCAAACACCACAUCCGCACAACCAAUCACCACAUCCGCACAACAAAACACCACAUCGGCACAACCAAUCCCCACAUCCGCACAACAAAAUACCACAUCCGCACAACCAAACACCACAUCCGCACAACCAAACACACCAUCCGCACAACCAAACACCACAUCCGCACAACCAAACACCACAUCCGCACAACCAAACACCACAUCCGCACAACCAAACACACCAUCCGCACAACCAAACACCACAUCCGCACAACCAAACACCACAUCCGCACAACCAAACACACCAUCCGCACAACCAAACACCACAUCCGCACAACCAAACACUACAUACGAACAACCAAACACCACAUCCGCACAACCAAACACCACGCCAACACACCAAAACACCACAUUCGCACAACCAAACACCACGCCAACACACCAAAACACCACAUUCGCACAACCAAACACCACGCCAACACACCAAAACACCACAUUCGCACAACCAAACACCACGCCAACACACCAAAACACCACAUCCGCACAACCAAACACGUAUUUACCUACACAAACACAAUCCAGGACAUCACUUCUAACUUCCUGA